AUGCCCAGCAUGUCACCCAUAGGAGCUUUAACCAAUAGGUUUUCGAACAUUCGCGAUGGUUUGCAGAACCAAAUGGCAAAUAUGAACUCAAAUUCACCAAGAUCCUCCAUGAACCGCGGUGUCUCUAAAGAAAGGCAGCUUCGUAAAGUGGAGCUUCUGGUGAGGGACCCAGUUCUUUGGGCGGAGUUCAAGCGACGAGUUGCGGCAAGGAACCAUUUUUCCAAUGCUGGUGUACAGUAUGUCCUUCAUGAACUCUGUGAUGAGCUCAAUAUUCCUGGGCUAGACCUUAUCGAUGAUUCGUCCAGCAUCCAGACGGCGAAAAGCACACAAUCAACCAGGAGAGCCUCUUUUACAGGUUCCAACAAGGCCGGAAAUGACAAUGUCCCCACCAAGAAUCGCUUUGGCUUGCUGCGCACGCUCCGUUCGGGGACCCGGGAACCUCCAACUCCUGAGGUUUCCUAUAGUCACAGUCCUAGCUCGCACUUCAGUAAGGUGCCUUGUCCUGAGAGUCCAGGGUCCCAGCUGAACCUGUCACCAACCAAAACGCCAUUGACACCCAUGUCGGCUACUACGGUAUCCACAGCUGCCACCAUGACUCCAGCUAGUGAUGUUACCUUGCCAAAGGAAAUCCGUGCCAGAGGACCUGUUCUAGACUUCCUGGAACAGCCCAACUUUUAG